AUGUAUAACACCAUCAUAAGAGCUUGCUCAAACACCAAUUCACCUGAAUUAGGCCUGGCUUUUUACUCUGAAUUACUUGAAAAAUGCUUAGAUGCUGACAAUUACACAUACCCAUAUGUUAUUAAGUCUUCUGGUCUUGUUGGGUCAGUCUCCGAUGGCCUUAAGCUCCAUGGCAUCGUGGUCAAAGCUGGUUUUGUCGCCAACACUUACAUACAUUGCUCUCUUAUCAACAUGUAUGUGAAUUUUGGGUUCAUGGAAAAUGCAAGCUUGGUUUUUGAAGACAAUCUAUUGAGGGAUGUUGUUACAUGGACAUCUCUGUUGAGUGGGUUUGUAAAAUGUGGUGAUUUAGAGGCUGCUAUUGAAGUAUUUGAACAGAUGCCUGAGAGAAACUUGGUUUCUUGGAAUGCAAUGAUCGAUGGCUUUGUGCAAUUUGGCCGAUUCAGCGAAGCCCUUGGCCUCUUGAGAGAGAUGCAAGCCUCAGGCUUAAGGCCUGAUCAAGUGGCCCUAACUAGCGCAUUGUCAGCCUGUGCUCACCUGGGUGCCUUGGACUUAGGCAAAUGGGUCCAUGUUUACCUGGAAAAAAGAUUUAUCAGAUGGAGUAUUGCUUUGUGGACUUCAUUAGUGAGCAUGUAUGCUAGGAGUGGGUGGAUAGAGAGCUCUCUUAGAGUUUUCCAUGAGAUGCCUGGGAGAGAUUUACUGGCUUGGAAUGCCAUGAUUGGUGGCCUCGCAAUACAUGGCCUUGGCCAUCAAGCAUUGGCCCUGUUUGCGCAAAUGCUAAGCUCUGGCAUAGCACCGGAUGAUGUGACUUUUAUUGCAGCGCUAAGUGCCUGUACUCAUUCAGGGUUGAUUGAACAAGGCCUUGCACUUUAUGAAAAGAUGAGAAUUGUGUAUGGAUUAGAGCCUAGGCUUGAGCAUUUUGGUUGCAUGGUUGACCUUCUUUGUAGGGCAGGGCUCUUGAGAGAGGCCAUGGACUUCAUAGGAAGUAUGCCUCUGAGGCCUGAUGCCAUUAUUUGGAGAUCUUUGCUUAGUGGUUGCAAUGCUUGUUUAGAUGUUAAGUUGGGGGAGUCAAUUAUGAAAUGCCUUUUGGAGACGGAGACUAAUGAUUAUGGGGAUUAUGUUUCGAUGUCGAAUAUAUAUGCGACUUUUGGCAUGUGGGGGGACUCGGCAAAGCUUAGGGGUGCGGUGGAAGGCUUGACUACGGCUAGGAAGUUGGCUGGGUGUAGCGUAAUCGAGGUGAAUGGGGAGGUGCACGAGUUUCUCAUCGGUGACCGAUCACACCUACAAAAAAAUGAGAUUUACUCUAUGUUGGAUGUGCUAACUAGGCAGUUGAAAUCUGAGGAGCACUAG